AUGCGCGCUGUCCACUGGUUGGCCCUGCUGUGGUUGAUUAUUGGCGCCGUCGCGCCCGAAAACGUGGUCAUCACCCGCCACAACGUCGACCAGGUCCUCAAUUCGGCUACGGUCGUUUUCGUGGCAUUUGGGGCUGACUGGUGCCCAUUUUCGCGUCGCCUGAAGCCCGUCUGGGACGAGGCGGCCCGGGAAUUCAAACAGAAGCACCCCGACUUGAGCGCCGUCUUCGCGACGCCGGAAAUUAUUAACAAAUACCGGGUGCACAAGUACCCGACGAUGCGCUACUUCAUCGCCGGCGCCAUGCACAGGGAAGGCGCCCGCACGAGCCAAGCCCUCGUCGAGCACGUGCGCGCCAAGUUCGACCCGCCGAUGGAGACGUUUGACAGCCUGGAAGCCCUGGACAUCGGCCUCGCCCAAAACAAGCGCAAUGUGAUCGUCUACUCGCACGACCGCGAUUCGUACAGCUUUGGAAAUGCGGUGAAACUGGCGAUGACCCUCGGAGGCUAUGAUUGCCGCUUUUGGGCGUCGGCUCCCGAUUUGCCGUACCUGACCAAGCCGGGCCGGGAGGGCAGCCUCGUCUACUUCCAGGGCGCCAAUCAGGAGCGCGAGGAGUACCCCGGCACCUUGGACAAUUUUGGCCAUGCGAAGCAAUGGUUGAAAGAACGCUGCAUCCCGGCCGUUCGAGAGCUGACCUUCGAAAACGUGGAGGAGGUGACGGAGGAGAGGCUGCCUUUGAUCGUCCUUUUCCGCGAUCGGGCCGAUGCCAAAAAUACGGAGCUUUUUAUUUCAGUGGUAGCCCGCGAGCUCGGUUUUUCGCAUCCGCUCCACAUGCUUCGGAAAAGUGAAAAGGAUCUCCCGGUUUUGGUGAUCGACUCGAUGGAGCACGUGUUCCUCUUCGACGACCCGAGCACCAGCUGGGAUUCGCCGGGCAGACUCAAGCAGUUUGUUGACGACCUGAAAUCCGGGAAGCUGCACCGCGACUUUCACCAACGUCACAAUUUCCCGCCGAUCGGAGCACGAAAAAUGGAGGAACAGCAGCAGCAGCAGCAGCCCGAGAAGCCACCGGCGCCCGCGGUUGCACUUAAGCUGCCCGAUUCGGUGUUCAAGCCGCUGAAGCCCAGUGAGAUGAGAUACACGCUGCUGAAGACGGAGCUC